GAGCUGCCAGUGGGGAUCCAUUGAUGAUGCAUUUGCUUUUUUGUCAUCCCAGACCGACUUCUCUCCGUGCGUCAGAACUUUUCGCUGUAUGUGCUUGACAUACAUACACGGCAACAGCAGCGAGGAGGCCCGAAAUUCCCGCAGUGGAUAUGGAACUGGACGGCUGGGAUGGAAGGAGCCGGGGAGGGUUUUCUUUUUGGGAAACCUUUUUGUCUUUUCUGUUCUUUUGGCAUUGAUUUGUAUUUACGUUGAACUUGAGAUAGCCACUAGUAAUAAUGAUUCCACUAUGUGUAUAUUCGUGUUUGUGUAGUAAAAGAUAGUAAUGUUAUACUUUGUUGUCCAUCCAAAGUUUGAUUCGGAGCCGAGACCGAACAAAAGGCGGUCACCGAAAUUCC